AUGUCUACGAAUAAUAAAGAGAAAAAUUCCUGCCAAGUCAUAUGGGUGAAACCAACCAUUGAAAAUGUUAUACCAUAUGUCCAAUACAAACGUACGCAACCAGAAGAUAGUGUAAUAUAUGACCCAAAUGCAAAUUCCCGAGACCUUUUGUUGGGAGGAGGCAGAGAUUUAAUAAUGAGUUUAAUGAGCACCACCGACCCAACAUCAAAUAAUAUUCCUCAAAAUAAUGACAAUAACAACAUAGAUAACACCAACAAAGAAAACAAUAGUUCAAAUUCACUAGACCCUGUUGAGAUGUUUAUCCUAAAUCACUGUAUUAUUCUAUGGUUCGAUGGUCUGGGCCAUGGUGUACAAAUACCUUACUCCUCUGUCAUAUAUCAUGCAUCUAGAAGAGUAAAUUAUCGAAAUGAGGGACAUAAACUGGAAACAUUACUGUCAUUAGAAAGAGAUCCCGUGCUGAAUGAAUUUUUUCCCACAGAUACCCAACAGACUGAAACUAAUAACGAAAUUGAUAUUAAUGAGUUUACAAUGUCGAGUGUAGAGAUCAUCCUGACCCCAAAAUAUUCCAUGUAUGAUCGUCAUUAUAAUUCUACUAUUGAAACGCUAUUUACAUUUUCCAAUUUCGGGAUAAAUCGUGGAGACGACAUGGUAAAUAACUGUAAUGAAGCGCUAGCUAUUGGUUUAGAACUUUCUUGUGAAAAUGAACUGGAAGAUUUCACUGAAACUUCUGAAGAACCAGAAAUGGCUUCGGCAGGUCAAGAUGGAGCCGUAUACACAGGGUUACAAGAAGCUAUUAAUGGAAGACAAAACAUAUUUCAUAACUCUGGGUUUGCUGAUGACCUGGAUAAUAACGAUAUGAUGAACCAAGGCUAUUCUAGAGAUUCUACAGACGCUGGAAUGUCUCUUGAAUUAUAA